AUGACAGCACAUUGGACCUUUCUGGUUUUGUGCUGUGCGAUCAGACUGAGCCACAGUGAGGAUCCACCCGAAUGGUUUCAGAACAUUUCAACCAGUCUCUUCAACUUGCCAGGGGACAUCAUGCUCGGAGGGCUCUUUCAGAUUAACCUGCUCUCAAGCGACCUCAGCCAGAGGACGGAGCCCAGCAAUAUCAGCUGUGAAAAUUUAAAUGAGGCUGGCCUGGGUCUUGCUCUAGUAAUGAAAUAUGCAGUGGACGAAAUCAACGCAAACCAAAUUCUUCUCCCAGGAAUGAAGUUGGGUUAUGAAAUCUAUGAUACGUGCAGGGAAUCUGCCGUCAUCGUGAAACCCACCAUCUCAUUCCUCACUGCAAAAUCCAACAAAGCGCUAUCUGUGGAGUGUAAUUACACGGACUAUGAGACCAGCAUCUCAGCUGUGAUUGGUCCAGUAAGCUCGGAAAUGGUGUCGGUCAUAGGAAAGCUCCUGGGAUUCUUUCUGAUGCCACAGGUUAGCUUCGGUGCCACCAGUGACAAAUUCAGUGACAAACUUCUCUACCCAUCAUUCUUCCGCACAGUGCCCAGUGACAAAUGGCAAGUGAAGGUCAUGGCGCUUCUGCUGAAAGAGUUUGAGUGGAACUGGGUGGCGGUGGUGGGCAGCGACGAGGAGUAUGGACAACAAGGUGUGCAAGAAUUCUCCAAAAUAACAGAGAAUAUGUCGGUCUGCGUGGCCUAUCAGGGGCUGAUUCCAGUGUACACUGACCCUGGACCAGCAAUCACUAAUAUCAUCAACAACAUCAAUGCAACUAAGGUCGGAGUGGUCAUAGUGUUUGCUCUCGCAGAGCCAGCUGCUAUCUUUUUCAAAGAGGUCAUCAGGAGAAAUGUACGGGCUGUAUGGAUUGCAAGCACAAGUUGGUCCAUCAAUAAUCAUCUGACUUCCUUGCCCAAUAUCCAAAAAAUUGGCACCAUCGUUGGAUUCAUUGACCAGACACAGACUCUGGAUGAGCUCACUGCCUACACACAGGUGCUCUUAACCAAACUGAGCGAUGAGAGGGCAAAUAUGUCACCUCCAGCACCAAAGUCUAAAGUCAAUUCUAAAAAUCCCUGCCCACAAUGUUGGAAUUUGUCACCUGCUAACAUUAGCUUGGUGACAGAACCUGUAGUGCAGCGCACAGCUUUCAGUGUGUAUGCUGCCAUCUACUUUGUGGCUGAGGCACUACACAACCUGCUGGGAUGUAAUUCAACUGGCUGCGUGAAGGAAACCAAAGUCUAUCCCUGGAAGCUGUUGGAGGUUUUAAGGAAUACAUCUAUAGACAUAAAUGGCACACAUUUACAGUUUGACAUUAACGGCAACCCAAACCGAGGGUACGAUAUUAUAGAGUGGGUUUGGAAUGCUUCGACUUCAGACUUCGUAGUUGUUGGAACCUGUAAAGAAAAACUGUUCAUCAACAAAACUCUCUUGAAAUGGCACACUGAAAACUCUGAGGUUCCUCAAUCCAAUUGCUCAGCAGAAUGUGGGCAAGGCCAGGUCCGCAGAGUAAAAGGCUUCCACUCCUGCUGUUUUGAUUGUAUUGACUGCUUGGAAGGCACUUACCGGAAAAAUGAGGAGGACACCCAGUGCGCUAAGUGCUCUGAUCGCCAAUGGUCUUUAAACAAGAGCACUUCCUGCAUUGAUCCCAGUUUUGAAUUUUUGUCCUGGGCUACACCUUGAGGCUAUGCAGUUGACGCUGGCUGGGGUGCUGCUCCUCAUUUGUUCAGUUGUCAGUUUGGCCGUGAUUUUCCUGAAACACCGGGGAUCCUUUAUAGCUAGCUGCUCAGGGGCGAACAGCUGAGUUUUGUAGCUCUGAUAAGCCUGAUGGGACGUCUGCCUCAGUCUUGGUGCUCUUUCCUG